CCCCAGUGGACAAAAAGACGAACGUCCCUGUUAGCAGCAGCGAUGUUGGAGGACAGCAUGAAAAGAGGACAGAGGAGCUGGAUCCAGAUGUGGAGGAGAUCAAAUAUCGAGUGCUUCAAAGGUCGUCGUCUCCUGAACUGGAACCAGCCGCCCCCCCCCUCUGAAGACAGAGUGGACUGUCCCAUCUGUCAGAGCUCCUUCCCGCUGACGCAGAUCGAGAGGCACGCUGCGUACUGCGACGGAGAGGAGGGCGCGAGGAAGCCGGAAAAAGACUGUUUCCAAGUGUCAUUGAAGCCUCGUAGGAAGAGACCAAGGUUAGCCGAGGCGAGUUCUGCAGAGACCGGCGAACCCUCCAACACUGGCAAGAUCCAAGAGAAAUGUUACAUCUGUCAGAAAGCUGUUCCCCUGAGAGACUACAGCCGACACACAGAGCUCUGCAUCCAGAGGCAAUCCUUGAAUCGUCAAUCCAAUGCAGCCAAGGGAAAUCUGCUGUCGGCUCUGGAGAAAACAGAGAGCAGAGAUUCAGAGGCCGUGCCGUCUGGAUCCAAACUCCCACAGAGAGAAGUCAUAGACCUGCGGGAUGAUGAUGAUGAUGAAGAGGAGGAGGGUGACAGUGUUUCAGUGCUCAGGAUCAGUAACUCUCCCAUCAGAUCCUUCACUCCCAUCUCAGAGGCCACCGGCUGCCUUAUCGACUUCAAAAAACAGUAUCGAGGCAAGAAGCCGCGCCAAAGAAGAAAAUGAGGAUGACCUGACUGAAAAAACUGGAAACCAGAGCCUUAACUUAAAACCCAUCAGGUUGGACGUGACAUUACGACUUCCUGAUGUUACAUAUUUAUGCAGGUAACUGAAUACAAACUGAGCAUUUGGACGACUGAUUGUGAUUCUUUUUGUGCCACUAAAUAAGUUUGUUAUGUUAAAGGUGAUUCAGACUACCUCUUUAUGAAUUGAAAUAUUUCCCUUUGAGUUAUUUUGUACGAGUGGCUGUCUUGACAGUAUGAUUAUUGACUACAGCAUCAUGUCUAAACCCCUGGAGUGUCAAUCAGAUACAUAAAAACAUGAUUUUACUGGAUUUCAACUUUGAAUAUGAAACUAAAUAAUUGAUUGUAUUCUUUGUUUCACCACUUUAGUCAAAAUAUCUCAACAACGAUUAGAUGGACUGCCAUUAAACUUGUAAAUGUUCUCCACAA